CUGGUUUAUAUUCCCUUAAACUAUAUAUAUAUAUUUUUUAUUUUAAAUUUUAUUAGGCCAGAAGUAAAGCUGCUACACAGUAUUGAACACACCUAGAGCGACGAAUUUUCUCUUCCACUGGUUUGAUAAAUUCAUCCUUUUCUCUGUCUUCCCUUCCAGGAUUCGAAUUUUUAGAGCAUAAAAGAACUGAAGAAAGGUGAUAAAAUUCGAGUAAGGAGAUGGCGGUGGUAGAUUCUAUGAUUCAAAUCCUUGCACAGCAAGUGUUUACAGCUCUCCAGAACCAAGCUCAUUUUGCACUUGACUUCAAAGGUCAAUUUGAGGUGAUGAAGACUAGACUGGAUCUAACGAAGGCCUUGCUUGCUGACACAGAAAAUCUCAAAAGUAAGAAGGAAAUUGUCAAGGCAAGUUUGUCGAGCUUAAGAGAAUUGGUUUAUGAAGCUGACAACAUAUUAACAGACUGCCUAAUUAGAGAUGAAUAUCAGAAUGAUGGGUCCUGUUCUAGUUUGACAUUCCAAAAACCGUUGUUCUGGUAUCAAACAGGCAAGAAACUGAAGGAUAUUAAUGCAAAAAUGGAGGCAAUGGAAAGAUCAUUGGGUGCAUAUUUGAAAGCACAAGACUUGAGCAACCAUGGAGAUAAUGAACACCAAAUUGUGAAAUACACAACACAAGAUUAUGACCCAUCUGAGAUAAUUGGACUAGAACACGACUUGGAAAAGUUAAAAGGCUGGAUUUUUGGCACAACGAAUGUACUUCAUCGGGUUGGCAUAGUAGGGAUGGGGGGCUUAGGGAAAACAACCAUAGCCCAGAAAAUUUUUAAUGAUGAGGAGGUUACUAAACGUUAUGAAAAGAUGCUUUGGGUGUCAGUUUCUCAAAUUUCUAGCGAGGAAAGGAUCCUGAGGAGCAUGCUGGAACAACUGGAACCGAAUUUCUCCAUGUCUGAUGAGAGUCAGAUAAUGCACAAAAUCAACCAAGCUCUUGAAGGUAAAACUUGCCUAAUUUUUAUGGAUGAUGUUUGGAGGAUGAAUUUACCUUGGUGGGAUAAAUUCUGUUCAAGCCUGCAGAAAGUAAUUGGUGGAAAUAGCUGUGUUAUUAUCACUACCAGAAAUGAAGAGGUUGCAACUGAUAUGGGUGUUGACAAAUCACAAAUUCAUCAGCCCAAAACUCUGAAUAAAGAUGAAAGCUGGUUAUUGUUCAGUAAAUUUGCAUUUGCAAGGUGCAGAGGGAAACGUUGCCCAGAUGCACAAUUUGAGAAAGAAGGCAGGGAAAUCCUGGAUAAAUGUGGGGGACUUCCACUGGCAAUCAAGACAGUAGCAGCAUUACUGGCACCAAAAACCAAUUCACUUGUACAAUGGAAUGAAAUUAAUAAAAAUUUUCAUGAAUUGAUAGUGGAAGGAAAAAUUAGUUCAGUGAUGGCGUCUUUGCAACUGAGCUAUGAUGAACUUCCAACCCAUCUAAAGCAAUGUCUUUUGUGUUUCUCCAUCUAUCCUGAAGACUUUGAGAUGCAUGCUGAACAAUUAGUCCAUUGGUGGGUUGGAGAGGGACUUAUCCAGGGUAAGGGCUCAAAAACAGCAAAAGAAAUGGGAUUUGAGUACCUAUCUGAUUUAGUAGCCAGAUGUUUGGUUGAAGCUGUACAUAGGCGAGACUAUGAUGGAAGAGUCUACUGUUGCAGGAUGCAUGAUAUGGUGCGGGAAUUGACUAUUAAGAUUGCAGAGGAGGAAUCAUUUGGCAGAUUUGAUGAGCAAAGCAGGCAGAUACCGAUUGCAAAUUCUCGCUGGUUGGGUAUCACAAGCAAAAUGCACUCAAAAUCUUUAAGGAACAGCACAAAGCUCAGGGCAUUAUUAUUAAUGCCAAGCAGUGAAGUUGUCCUCGAUAGGCGCAUUGGGUGGUUUAGUUCCCUCAGGGUGUUGGAUUUCUCACUUGGUAAGCUGGAUAAUAUUUCUGUAGAGGAUUUCUUGGUUUGGAUUUGCUCUCUUAAACGCCUCGCGUAUCUAAAUCUUAGUGGUGUCUCAGGCAUUAAAGAAUUGCCAUCCUCAAUUAGAAAGCUACGAAACCUGCAGCUUUUGAUUUUAUGUGGAUGCAGUAAUCUGGUCAGAUUAAAUCCAUAUAUUACUACAUUGAAGAAGCUGGUGGUGUUGGAUUUAGGAUCUUGUGGUCUCGAGUAUCUACCCAAAGGACUAGGGAGGUUAUUCUAUCUGCAAGAACUGUCUGGAUUCAAGAUAAGCAAUCAGGCUAACAAGCAAAGCUGUCGACUUCAUGAGCUUCGGGUACUGAGCCACCUGAGGGUCCUGCGAAUGAACAUAGGCAUUGAUUCUGUAAUUUUAGAAGAUGAUAAAAGUGUCUUAUCGCAGCUCAGUAAACUUAAGGUUCUGGCCAUUGAUGCUGAAGAUUGUGAAGAUGGAAGUAUUUUAGAAAUGCUUAAUGCUCUUACACCUCCGCCAAGUCUUCAGGAAUUCUAUCUCAGGCGUUAUCGGCAUAAAACUCUCCCUACCUGGAUCAAUCCUGAGCAGCUUUCUAGUUUGCAAUAUCUUUGUAUUGAGAAUGGAGACCUCACCCACAUCAAAACCAGUCCUCAGCAUGUUGCUGAUAGUCUAUAUACUUGGAACAUUGAGGGUCUAUGUUUCAAGGUGUUGCCAAGCUUAAAGGUGGACUGGAAGAACUUGGAGCAGGAUAUGCCUUUAUUACGUUAUGCAGAGGUGAGUGGUUGCUUCAAUUUGCAAAAUUUUCCAUGUUCUGAUGACAAGUUGGUGGUCUGGAGGAAGAAUGAAGAUUGAAGAGCCAAUCAAACUUAUGGUUGACUCUUUGUAUCUCUGCUGUUGCAACCUUACUGCUCUGUUCUUGUGUGUUUCUCAUUAGAUAGGGCUACAGAGUGUUGAUCUUCUCUUUGAUUUUUUUUUGUACCUCCACUCUUGUACUUUCACUGGUUUUUUCACUUAGGAUCUGCCGCGUAGGUUGACUGUAAGGGGGAAGGCCAGUGGUUGGGUUUCAGUGUGUGACAUUUGCUAAAUUUUCCUUCCUUUUAAUCUUAAUUUUAAUAAAAUUUUGGCUCAUAAAAAAAAAAAAAAAAACUUAGCGUGAAAGACGCUAACUAUAAA